AUGUGGGGUCGGCCGCCGCUCCUGAACAACGAAAGCGGGAGCACCUAUCCAGACGCACCAGACCAGACGGACAAAGACAACUCCAUUGAGCUCGACCGACAGCAACCUCGAAGCUUCCUCGCGCGCAUCGAACACAAUCAGACCGCUACUCGAGUGUUCUGGUUCAUGGUUGGUCUUCACACUGGCAUGAUCAUAGCCGGCAUCAUUGUCGUCAUCGUCGAUAAACAAAGACAAUGA